CCGUGUAAACGCAACAUGUGAAAUGUGUUUUUAGGUUUCUACUCAACCAAACGUGUUUUGAAGUUGACCAACUUUGUAUGAAUGUGUACAUAUGUGUCACUUCACAUUUUUCUUUGACGCUUUUACAACUUUUUCGUUCUAACUUUUUCGAAUUUGCUGAAACCUGAUUGGCUGUGUUGACAGACGCCUGCAAAAUGAGCUCUGAGGUGUGCCCAUUCUGCGGGAAAACGUACAAAAGAUUGAAGAGUCAUCUGCCACAUUGUAAGGCAGCAGUGAGCUCCAAAACACAUCCAACCAAACAUGAUGUCCCAGUGAAUCAGACAUCAUCUUCUCAGCUCACUGCAACUUUGUCCAAACCAGACUCGACACAGGCAUUGUCAAAAGAAACAAGUCCACAGUCAAAGAAGAGUAAAAAGAUGUCUCUGGCAUCAGCAGCAGAAACAACACAGCCAUCGCCCCCGAGUUCUGCAUCCCCUCCAACAUCAGCUAAGAAGAAGAAACCAAAGCUGUCCGAACAAAUAGCCAACUUUCCCAUAUCUACAACCACCUCCAUUACAUCCCCAUUGCAACAUCCAUCUCCCACCAUCUCUAAACGCAAAAAGCAGAGUCUCCGUGCUUUGAUAGAAGCAGAAAAAUUCCAACCGGUUUCUAAGGGAUCACUCGAGGGGACUAGAUUUGCCUCGGAAAACCUGCCCAAAACUAAUCCUGACAAAAACUCAAUAAAAGACAGGGCCAAGCCCACUAAUGUGAAGAAUUCAAAGAAGAAAAAGGCAACUGCACAAUCCUUUUCUACAGCAAAAGAUACCUCUACCUCUCUGGCCUCUAAAGAAGAUGUCAGGGACAACCUCUGGGUGGACACUGAAGGAAGAUUGGGGGAUUUAUCUGAGAAUGAGAUGUUUUUUAAAUCAGAAAGCGGUCACCAGGCCAGGAUUACCCUCAAGGGAGUUAAAGCCACGUUAGGCCGAGCUAAUGCAGCCCGUCAGUCCAGCAGCACAAGUAUCCUUAGCCGGAUUGAUACUGCAGAUGAUCCGAGCAGCAAAAUCAGUCUCAGUGCAGUUCCACUCCCAGCAGGGAAUAAAGUCAGCUGCUUGGUUACAAUGAAUACUCUGUCAGACCAGCCGCCUUGCACCUCUUCACAACAUACAGAGUUACAAUCAGUUAUGAGAAUAAGUUCAAAGUCUAAACAAUUAUCGUUAAUACCCCUGCAACAGUUAAAGCUAACAUCCCCUGCAGCUCUCCUCUCUCCUGGCCCUCUACCGUCUCAGACGAGCAAAGACACGUCCCCUUCACAUACAGUCGGUAUGCAUGAGGGGAUGAAGGUACCAGGACUCAUUUCAAUGUCAUCAUCACUCACAAGGUUUUCCCACCCUCUGACGGCACUGAGGUGUGGCACAUCGAGAGCUGAUGAUGGUUUGAAGUUGCGGUACGAGGUCAGGAACCAAAACACUGCUGAUGGAACUAAAGGUGGUCUGACAGAGCGGAGUCUUGGACAGGUGCGAUUGAGGGAGUUGCCUCAGUGGCUGGCCUACAAAACCCCCCGCCAUCCUAAAGAUGUAGUGAAAAUGGUGACAGGAGGCUGGCAGUGGUAUAACAACAAGUAUUUUCAAGUGAAGAAAGGUGGAAUAGGUGGCCUGAACAUGUUGUUAGCAGGAUACUGUGUGGUCAGCUACAUCUGGAGUUACUCACAUAUAAAGCGUGAUCGCUGGAGGAAGUACCACUGAUGUCAGGGGAGGAUGUUAGGACAAGCUUGACUCCGUAUAAGAAAACCUCAACUUUGUUCAGCACUUUUUAGGCAUCUAUUUUCUUUAUAGUAAUAUAUUUAGCCCAGAUCCAAACAUUUCUACAUAAUGUAUUGAAGCUCGACCUCAGUCAGUCUAUUCUGUUUUCAUCUUUGACUCUAAACAGGAAACUACAAACAGCAGUUAGUUAGCUUAGCAUGAAGACUGGAAACAAGGACAAACAGCUAGCCUGGCUCUUUGAAACUGCUAAUCCACCUACCAGCCCCUUUACCCUGUAUCUUUAAUCAAAUUAGUUUUAUCCUUAAAAUAAAAUUUCUGUGGUUGUAUGCUUUUGCCAACCACUCAAGUUGCAUUUUACUUUAAUGUCUUUCCAAAAUUUCAUAAUUUUGUCCUAUUAGAUAUUUCUGUGAAAUUUGUAUAAUUAGCGUAUGACUUUGUGAGUUAUGGCCACAGAUGUAUUUUAUAACGUCACAGUGACCUUUAACCUUUGACCACAAAAGUCUGAUCAGUUCAUCCUCGAGUCAAAGUGGAAGUUUGUGCCAAAUUUGAAGAAAUUCCCUCCAGGCGUUCCUGAGAUAAUGUUAUUCACGACAAUGGGGCAGACAACCCAAAAAACAUGAUACCUCUGGUCACGGCCGUUUAGACUGGCUGUUUCUAGGCUUUAUGCUAAGCUAACCAGUUGUUGGCCGUAGCCCUGUAUUAAAGACAGUAAGGAAUUAGGUAUUCAUAAUCUUAUUUAAUUCUUGACCAGGAAGGGAAUAAGUUAUUUACCCAAAAUGUAGAACUAUUCCUUUACAACCCGAGGGGUAUAAAUUCUGAUAGUAGCAGUUUAAUUCAACUUGAUAUGAAGUGAAAGCUGUUUGCACUGCAUCAAAUUAUUUAUUUACUUACAUAUGAUUGUAUUAUUUAAAGGUAGUUUAAUUCGUAUCUUGUUUUACUUUGAGAAGGAAGAUUGUUCUAAAGAACUGCUGAAUAUUUAUUUUUACUGUGAGUCCCACUGUGUUUCCAAAGGGCUCCACUAGGUGUCAUUGUUGUGUUUUGUUACUAAAACCAAAAGGGCUUGGCAGUCAAAUGUUUGCUAUGCAGAGUUUUCUUAGCUCCUUUGUGCAGAGGCAAUGGGGCUUGGGUCCAUGAGGGGAUUAAGGGAACCAAUAGAUUUUUUAACUUGAUUAUAAUCUUGCUCUGGCAGUGGAGAUUUAGAUAAAAAGGAACAUGUCCUGAAACUGCGGAAAGAUCUUAUCUAGGCUAACAAAUGUGUUUUUCUUUUGGAAAUGCUUCCCCUGUCACAUGAUGUUAUUAUGCAUGCUUAGUCUGUCGGUGCCUGUAUGUGAACACUCACAGAAUAGUAAUGGAGGGACGCUGAAGGAGGAUCUAGUCUGGACUGCAGUGUAUUGUUAUUGUAUUCAAAAUGGAUUUAUUGUUGACUCUCUUUGCUGCUGUAGUGAACACACAUUAGCUACAAAUGAUGAAAUGACAGUAUUUUUAUAAUGAUUUUUUCUGGACUCCACUUCAUAGCCAACACAAUAAAAAAUA